GGUACUAGCAUGCUACUCGUAGCUGUGUACAGAUGAAAGAUGGGAAAAGAUGAUUUUAGAUGUAUUGAAUGUAACGAAAAAGCAGCGGAACUCCACAGGGAUUACAGCAACGGGAUCCUGAAGAUAACAAUAUGUGAGUCCUGCCAGAAGCCAGUGGACAAGUACAUUGAAUAUGACCCAGUCAUCAUCCUCAUCGAUGCCAUUUUGUGCAAGACACAGGCUUUCAGGCACAUUCUGUUCAACACAAGACUAAAUAUCCACUGGAAGCUGUGUGUGUUUUGCCUGCUGUGUGAGGCCUACCUCAGGUGGUCCAUGCUCCAUGGCUCCGAGCAGAGCAGUGACCCUGCUGAUAUAAUCAGAUACACAAAGGAAUGGGAAUUCUACGGCAUGUUUGGAUUGGCUGCUCUUGAGCUGUCAGCGUUCUGUGGCGGACUGCUGUGUUUCCUUUGGGUGGUGGUCUGCUGCCUGCAGGGUGAGACCAUGGAGCUCUGCCUGCUCCUCAGAGCCCUGCUGUUGUCGUGCUACGGCAAAGUCCUCCUCAUCCCCGCUGUCAUCUGGGAGCACGAUUACUCCCCGCUCUGCCUGGGCCUCAUCAAACUCUUUGUGCUCACCUCAAAUUCACAGGCGAUCAGAGUGAUCCUGAACAGCAGGAGACGUCUGUCGCUGAUGGCCGUUUGUGUAGGCCUGCUGUCUGAGACCUGCGUGGCUCAAGCUUGUAAGAAGCUUUCAUGGAGCAUCCAGGACAUGUUGACAUUUUAAUGAGAUGGAAGUGUCACCUGUCUCAGGGAGGAAUGAGUGACCAACAUCAUGGACUUUCUACACAUGGGAUUCAAGAGGGGAAAUGUUGAAAGCUGAAUUCUUCAAGUUCCUUUCAACUGUUUUGCUUUUGCUGGCUAGUAAUGCCAGCCAUGUGUUUUGUGUUUAUUUAAAGGUAUGAAACACAUCUCCUCCUGUGUGCUAGAAACCUGACUGACACUGCAUGUCAAAAAAAGGCCAGAUCCGUGUUGAGUUUAUGUGAUACAACAUGAGAGACUGAGAAUUUGUGCUCUCCGUAGAGGCAAAGAGACAUCUUCAUACAGGAGGAAUGUUUUCAUUUGGUUUUAAUAUGGAUAACCUGGGGUUCAUCAUGCAAAAAAAAGUCACCGAGGGAGACAAAUGUCACUCAGACAUCUCCUGAUCCAAGCUCCUGUUAAACAUGCUCCAGUUCCUGAGCCACUCUUGAGGAAUGACACAAACACAGACCCCGAGGUUGUAAUUUGACAACAGCUACUUCUCUGUUUGGGCACGCAGCAGUCCUCACAUUCCUGAGCUAAUUGGUGAACUGUUUGCCAAAAUUAAACUAAACACACAUAUGGGAGUGUACAGGACCAGGGUGUGAGGUGAAACAGAAAUAAGUACAUAUAUUGAUUGAUUUUUUUCUAAAUGACUUUGCAGGUAUUUAUUGCAGCGUUGCUGAUGAGAGAACUGCUCAUGUAGUUCCAACCAAGAUCCAGUAUUUUGUUUUGAUGACGUUAUUGGGAUUUUUGUCAUAAUUGACUAGUAUAGCAAAUAUUUUUAAUGGUGUUUUUUAAAUGACAAUAUUGAAAAUGUCUUUCAUGUGUUCAGAGCCUACUAUGAUGUGAGUGAUCUGAUCAACACUCCAAUGUCCCCAAGUAAUCAUUUAGAAACAAUACUAGAAGCGAAUCUUACACUUUUGUGAGGACAGAGCCGGUGAAAUAGCAUUUUAAAAUAUGUGUCAUUAAAUUUAAAUGCACAAUGUUUGAAUCAUGUGGCUUCGACGCACAGAAUGUGAAAUCCUCAAAGAUCAAGCUGCAGGAGAUCGCUGCUAUCACAUGUGUGAUGUGAAAUGAUGAUAAAAACAUGUUGACCAGCUGCAGUUGGAACGCUCCACAAAACCUCCGCCUACUGUCGCUGGAAUGUGUCUGGAAAUAAACACAGACACAUUCCAGACACAUUGUGUGUUCUGUUGUUAAAUCAAUAAAACAAACUCUGAA